UUCUUAAAAAAAAAAAAAAAACACACAGAAAGCUUGGGUCUUUAUAAUAGAAUCCAUUUCUAAAACAAUGGAUGCUCUUUUUUUUAAUCUGUGAAAGUGAUACUGUCUGUUUCAGGACAAGUGUCAAGGGAUGGCUAGCCACAGCUCCAGAAACACUAAGCGCACUGUUCCACAGGUCUGUUCUUACUCGGUUUGGGCAGGUAGAAAAGCUAUGCUGGCUUCAACACCUCAGCGCUGGGUUGGCCAGAGACCUUAGGCUUUUUCAAUCACAUUUUGUCUGUUGAAUUUAAAAGCACUUAGAGUGUUAGUUCCUAAAAAGAACUCUCUCACAAAGCAGUAAGUGUUACGGGCUCAGACUGCCAGGGCUCCUUAUCAUAACAUCCUCUGCUACGAGGCAGGCUGUUUGUUCUGAAGCUCUCCGACUGCCGUUGGUCUACACGGGGAGAGAGAGAGAGAGAGAGAGAGGCUUCAUUUGCUCUGCUUACUCAGCUCUCUCAUCGACCUCACAUGCCAUGGUAGCCUUCAGUAUGGGUCAUCUGUUAUGGACUGGAGAGUGGAUAUCCUGAGGCUGCUGGAUUUCAUUAACUUCAGACAAUCCCAAAACCGUGACAUGGAGAACAAAGAGACGCUGCGUGGGCUGCAGAAGAUGGAGGACCGGCCGGAGGAGCGCAUGAUCCGGGAGAAGCUCAAGGCCACCUGCAUGCCCACCUGGAAACACGAGUGGCUGGAGAGGAGGAACAAGAGAGGCCCAGUGGUUGUGAAGCCCAUACCCCUGCGGCCAGACAGCAGUGAAGCUGGACGUCUGGGACUGGAGGCAGGUAGCGACAGCGCGAGUUCCUCCUCCUCUCAGAGUAGAGGCCGUCGUAGCCCAUCACCUGUACCUUCCUCAUCCUCCAUCUCUUCCACUUCCUCAUCUACCAAGACGGCUGGGAAACCCGAGUCCCCCGGUGUCCGCAGGAAGCGGGCAUCCCCAGUUCCUUUUCAGAGCGGCAGGGUCACUCCUCCUCGACGAGCGCCAUCACCUGACGGCUUCUCACCUUACAGUCCUGAAGAGACCAAUCGCAGAGUCAACAAGGUCAUGAGGGCACGUCUCUACCUACUCCAGCAAAUUGGACCUAACUCGUUCUUGAUUGGAGGAGACAGCCCUGACAAUAAAUACCGUGUGUUCAUUGGACCUCAGACCUGCAGCUGUGGUCGUGGAGCUUUCUGCAUCCAUGUGCUCUUCGUCAUGCUGAGAGUUUUCCAGCUGGAGUCAUCCGAUCCACUGCUCUGGAGAAAGACCCUCAAAAACUUUGAGGUGGAAAGCUUAUUCCAGAAGUACCACAACAGGCGGAGCUCGCGAAUCAAAGCCCCGUCUCGCAGCACCAUCCAGAAGUUUGUGUCACGCAUGUCCAACUCUCACACUUCCUGCACCUCCAGCUCCUCACCCUCCAGUAACGAGAGCAGUAUGAAGGACGAGGAAGAGCAGAUGUGUCCGAUCUGUCUGCUGGACAUGCUGGAUGAGGAGAGUCUGACUGUGUGUGAGGAGGGCUGCAGGAAUAAGCUGCACCACCACUGCAUGUCCAUAUGGGCAGAAGAAUGUCGGAGAAACCAUGAACCCCUGAUCUGCCCUCUGUGUAGGGCCAAGUGGAAGACUCAUGAUUUUUACAGUCACGACCCGGCCUCUACAGCAGAAAGCUCCACAAGCCGCUCUCAGAGCCUGGUAUCUUCCUCCACCGCUUCAUCGUCCUCCCAUGCUGAAGGUCAGAGGGCAGCUCACGAGGGAGAUUUUUCUCUCCCUCACUACGGAGUGCAGCAAAUCCCUCAGACUUAUAAAGAACUGGCUGAGCCUUGGAUCAAGGUGUUUGGUAUUGAGCUUGUAGGCUGUCUCUUCUCUCGGAACUGGAACAUCAGAGAGAUGGCACUGCGGAGGCUGUCGCAUGAUGUGAGCGGCGCUCUGCUGCUGGCCAAUGGUGAGCACUCGAUGGCGAGCGCAGCAGCAGGAGCCGGGGCUGGGAUUGGAGCAGCAGGGAGUGAAAUCUCAGGGGAAGUGGUAGUGGAAUCAUGCUGCAGUGUUCUUUCCAUGGUGUGUGCAGACCCUGUCUACAAAGUCUACGUGGCUGCACUGAAAACCCUGAGGGCCAUGCUGGUCUACACGCCAUGCCACAGUCUGUCGGAGCGCAGUCGCCUGCAGCAGCUGCUCCGGCCCGUGGUUGAGACUAUCUUGGUUAAAUGUGCCGACGCCAACAGUCGCACCAGCCAGCUGUCUGUGUCCACUCUCCUGGAGCUCUGUAAAGGCCAGGUUGGAGAGCUUGCUGUUGGUAGAGAGAUUCUCAAAGCAGGUUCUCUCGGUAUAGGAGGAGUGGACUAUGUGCUGAACUGUAUCCUGGGUUCCCAGACAGAGGCGAAUAACUGGCAGGCUCUUCUAGGCCGUUUGUGUCUGAUAGACCGGUUGCUGCUGGAGUUUCCAGCCGAGUUUUACCCACAUAUUGUCACAGCCACAGACUGUGGACAUCCCCAGAAUCAGGUGGAGAGGUACCAGAAAUUGCUGCGUCUGCUGAGCUUUGCGCUGCAGUCCAUCGAUAACUCUCACUCCAUGGUAGGGAAGUUGUCUCGCCGUGUGUUCCUGAGUGCCGCCCGCAUGGUGGCCCGCGUGCCCCACGUCUUCGUCAAACUGCUGGAUAUGCUGAGUGUCACCAGCUCCACCCACUACGCCCGCAUGCGCCGGCGCCUGCUGGCCAUUGCGGAGGAGAUGGAGAUCCUGGAUGCCGUGCACCUUGGCCUUGAGGAUAUGCAGGGGGCGCACUGUGACAUUUUUCUGGAUCCAGCAGCACCUCACAACUCGCCCAUUUACACCGAGAGGAACUCGCCCACUCACUGCCUGCAGGAAAAGCCCUGUGGUAAAGCAGCUCAAUGUGGAACAGUCAGUGCCAAAACCAUAGACGAUAUGUCAGACAGGUUGGCAUGUAUAACCGCUGUGCCUGCUGACUCCCCAAAACCCCCGGUUCAACUCCGUGGCCCCCUUAGACCCCUGAGCCAGUGUUUUAAUUCACAAUCACCCUCCUCCUGUCAGCCACCUCCACUCCCCUCCCCUUCUACCUCUCAAGCCCGGCCGCAAGGUUUUGUCCCUGGCAAGCUCGCUAACUGCUCCCCUGGUGCCCAACGUAAAUUCCCAAUUCCUAAGGGUGCAAGUGGAGGAGGGACCAGUAAAGACCAUGAAAAGUUGCCUUCCCCUGUGUUCCCCCAAGCUAGACCCCUGCCUUCCAACCACAUCCAUCGCCCCAAGCCCUCACGCCCCUCUCUCUCUCCUUCCACCUCGUCUGAGGCAGCUAAAGGUCAGUGCCUAGGUCCCAAAAGCAAUAUGAAGCUCGAUCUUCAGGACAUUUCCCCAGGCGAAGGUGCAAGGUGCGGUGCCAGCUCUGUGUUUGUCCCUAGCGAUGAUGCAGUCUUUACGCCUGUGGAUGAUAAGUUCCAUGGCCUGGAUGCUUCGGCAGAGCUCAACUCCAGCAUGGAGGAUCUUCUGGAAGUGUCCAUGCCAGUAGCAGACGGCACAGUGACGUUCCAAUCGGAGGUGGCGGUGUUAUCACCGGAGCAGGCCGGUUCGGAGAAUGCAUACAGCCAGGACGUGACACAGAACCAGAAGUGCAAGGAGAAAAUGGAGGCAGAAGAAGAGGAGGCCCUAGCCGUCGUCAUGGCAAUGUCAGCGUCUCAAGACGCCCUGCCCAUCAUCCCACAGUUGCAGGUGGAGAAGGAGGAGGAUGUUAUCAUCAUACAGGUGGAUACACCAGAGACCCUGCCUGGUCAUACCAAAGCAAAACAGCCCUACCGUGAGGGUGCAGAGUGGCUUAAGGGCCAGCAGAUUGGCCUGGGAGCGUUCUCCUCCUGCUACCAAGCCCAGGACGUCGGCACCGGCACGCUGAUGGCCGUCAAACAGGUGACCUAUGUGAGGAACACAUCAUCUGAGCAGGAGGAAGUGGUGGAGGCACUGCGGGAGGAGAUCCGGAUGAUGAGCCACCUCAAUCACCCCAACAUCAUCCGCAUGCAGGGCGCGACCUGCGAAAAGAACAACUACAACCUGUUUGUGGAGUGGAUGGCAGGUGGCUCUGUGUCUCAUCUGCUAAACAAGUACGGUGCCUUCAAGGAAGGUGUGGUAAUCAACUACACAGAGCAGCUGCUUCGGGGUCUGGCCUACCUCCACGAGAAUCAGAUCAUCCACCGUGACAUCAAAGGUGCCAACUUACUGAUCGACAGCACUGGCCAGAGGCUGCGGAUAGCUGACUUUGGCGCAGCGGCGAGGUUGGCCUCCAAGGGCACGGGUGCAGGAGAGUUCCAGGGCCAGCUCCUGGGCACCAUCGCCUUCAUGGCCCCUGAAGUGCUGAGAGGACAGCAGUAUGGCCGCAGCUGUGACGUGUGGAGCGUGGGAUGUGCCAUCAUCGAGAUGUCGUGUGCCAAACCACCGUGGAACGCAGAGAAACACUCCAACCACCUGGCACUCAUAUUUAAGAUUGCCAGUGCUACCACAGCUCCCACUAUUCCUCCACACCUGUCUCCAGGCCUGAGAGACGUCACACUGCGCUGUCUGGAGCUGCAGCCUACUGACCGGCCACAGUCACGCGAGCUCCUCAAACACCCCAUCUUCCGCCAUAACUGGUAACACUGAGCGUCCAGGAACUACUGAAGCGCCUGUCCGGGUUGCCCCGUCACUGCUGUUGUCUCCUCUGCACUCGCACUAGCUCUAGCUCAGCGCUCUCACACACACACGCGCACACACACACACGCGCACACACACACACACACACACACACACACACACACACUGGGCCCUUUACUGCUGUAGCCUCAGCACAUAAUGCAUAAGCAGCCCAUCGAGUGCCUUUAUAAAAGCGUCGCCAUUCUGUUUCCGUGUUUAAACCGAGUUUCUGCUGCUUCUUUACUUUCAAUCACAGGAAGCUGCUGAAAAGCUUUUAAAAUUAAAUCUCUGUAACUGGAGCAAGAUUGCUUUUUUGUUUUUUUUGUUUUGUUUUUAAGUAAAGGUGUAAUCAUGUUUUAGCUGGUGGAAAUCUUUUUAAAUCUUUUGCAUUUAACCGUCAUAUUUGUGCAUUUUACUGUCAGUCCGUCGUGCUUUUCUUUUGUGACACAUAAAAACACAAUGAAUGGGUUUCAGGGAAAGGUGAUGCUAAACAGAAGCUAUUUCAGCUAGCGUAAAGCUCAAUGUGAAUGCUUACAAUUCCGGGAUCUGUCUAAAUCUAUCUAUCUGUUCUUUUCUUUUCUUUUUAUUAAAUCUCAACGGAAAUCCCGUGUAAAAGUAUAUGAUUUUUUUUUUAUGUGUUAAAAUCAGAUUUAAGGAUACAUUUAUUAGAUUUCUGGGUUUAACUGAAUUUUUGAUAUCGAGACCAGCAAAUUGUUCUGAACCUCUUCACUGAACUUGUGGUGUGAAGUGACGAUAAAACAGUGAUUUACGGUUCACUUUCAUUCGGGUUCUGUGAUGUUAGCAUGUACAUGAGCCUUCGUUGUAAACGGUGUCAUUGGCUUCAGAAGUCUUUUUCUUCCUUCUUGGUGCUGUUCAAUCUGAUGCUAAUAAUCAAUGAUGUUGAUUUGAUCUUGUUGUCAUUAAGAAUAUCCAGUGCAUGUUUUAAGAGGUCGAGCAUUUCUCAUUCACCUCAGGCUAAAUAUAAGCGCUGUCCGCUGUUUAUGGUGGAGGGAUUUUGCUGAGCUUCGCCUUGUUUUGCUAAUCAGUGUUCUUUUGGAGGAAAAAAAAAGUCUCUCAUUUUUUUUCUUUGAUUUGGAACACUGAAAUGUUUUUAAAUGUUAAAGGUGUAUGAAUUAUAACUCUUCAAGUGUUGGUGGUGUUCUUGUAACCUGUUAAACGAUUGAUGAGGCUCAAUUUUGAGAAUCCAAUUUUUUAUUUUUUUGCAAACCCCCCACCCAAUCAGAUAAAAGGGGUUUUAAAAAAAAUUUAUGAUUUUUUUAGAUUUUUUUUUUUUUUUUUAAAUAAAGAAAUAUGACUUUAUUUAAUGCUACAUUUUGUGUGGGAUACAAGCUGAUCAGGCGUGAAGAGUUAAGAUGUAAAUAUAUGUGAAAUUUUUUUGGUAGCUAAAAUUAUUUUACUUGACUCCUGUAUUUUUAUACCACACUUUUUUCCAUAAAUACAUAUUUUUGUUUCUUCUUCUUCUGGUUUAUUUUUCUUAACUUUCUCUUUAAUGUCUUUAUGAAAAGCUUUAAAAUUAUGCACUCUUGUCUUUUAUAUACUGGAAAGAAAAAAAACGAUCAAGAUUCAUUCAAAUUCAUAUAAAAAGCUAAUCAGUAUUACUGAAAUAUGUCAUACCUAUAAUUCAAUACUUCAAUUGUUUAUUGAUUUUCUUUCUUUUUUUCUUCCUGUUAUGUAUUUUAUUUUACACCAAUAAUGUUGUAUUUUUUGCCCUUUUUUAUGGAUCAGAGCUGGACUGAAAUUGUGAAAUAAUGCUGUUUCUUGUCACUUGGUACUUCUUUCUUUUUCUGUUUUUUUUCUUCUUCUUCUUCUUCUUCUUUUUUUCUUCUCCUCCUCUUCUUUUUCGUUAUCUUUUUUUUUAUAUAUAUAUUAUUAUUAUUAUUAUUAUUAUUAUUAUUAUUAUUUUGUUUCAAGUCUAUUGCUGUUUUAUUCCAGUCUCUACUACCUCAGGUGUCCUAUAGAGUUUCCUCUACCAAAGUUCACUUUCUCAAUAUAUAUAUAUAUAAUUAUAUAUAUAAAUAUAUAUUCUUUUGACUUUUAUUUGUUUAUUUUAAUCUCUAUUUUUCAGAUUUCCAGGGCUUAGGGGCUAAUUUUAUAUUAGCACCAUUUUUAUUGUGCAAAUAGACUCAUGAAACCUCUGGGUUAAGGAAAUGGAGCGAUUGGCUUAAGCUAUAUUCUUUCAUUUUGAGCAUAUUGAAAAUGUUGAAAGUUUUUAUCCCAUUGGAAACCUUUUAUAACAAAUUGACUUAUUUUGGUGUUCGUCUUUAGCAAAUAAAAAUGGGAAAUUGGUCUUA